UGGCAGUAUUUAAAGCAUGGUGCUGUUUAGUUUCUCAUUUAUUGACGGCAACGCCGCGUCGAUACAUCAUUGUACAUUUACUGAAAGCUACUUUCAUGACAAUUUCGCGAGCUACAGAGGAGAAGGUGGUAAACAGGUGGUCCAAACCUGGUCCUGGCUUUGGGAUGAAAAACCAGCAGCAGGAGCGGGAGCCAUUUUCAAUAUCCCCAAACCCAGAUGAUGCAGGGAGGCUAGACUUUGACAAGGUAAAAAGUGGUUCUUGUGCGUGUGUAGUGGAUGAUGCAUUUACUCCCUCAACAAAUAUGUCUGAUCUCAACGUCUUGCGCCGCCCAAGAAAUUCCAGGGGAUCCGAUUAUCCAAAAGCCACGCUGAUCAAAAAAUCAUUGUGCGACCAAAAUGGACGUGAUGGGAACUAUUUUAGUGACAAUUUCGUGGAUAUACCUAACCCUAUUCCUACUGGACCAAGUGCCUCUUCGAACCGUGGAUUAAACACUGUGAUAUCGAACGCCGUUCUCAUCAGAACCACAAGUAUUGCGAGUACUGGUUCAGAUAAUGAAGCAUUUAGUGACGAAGCCGAAGGCAGCGAGCCCAAAUCGGGAUUAUGUGAUUACUCAAAGAGCGCAGCCUCCCCGUCCCCUUCGGUCGUGGGGGAGACUGAUCAGGAUAUACGACGGUUGACCCUAGCCAGUGAUUCCAUAAACCCUAGUCAUACGUCGGAACAAGACUUUGAUAGUUUACUGAGCAAUAUUGAACGAUUGAGAGAAAGUGGGUGGUUCUACGAGAAUAUAUCACGGCAUCAGGCUAAACAGCUGUUAAGGAAUAAAAGCAUGGGUGCGUUUAUUAUUCGUGAAAGUACGGAUCCUAAGCACUUGUUUUCUUUAAGCGUACGAACUCAAAGGGGAACUACGAGUGCGAGAAUUGAAUACACAAACGGACGUUUUCGCUUGGACUGCGAGGAUUCGAUCCGGCAUCACAUGCCCGUGUUUAGCUGUGUUGUAAAAUUAGUCAAUUUCUACAUUAAAAUGGGACAGAAAGGCAACAAGCCAAAUCCAUGUGUAUGGUUGGAGAGUACUGGUCGUCGUGAUAUGCCGGUGAGACUCAGUCUACCUGUGAGAAAGGAACUGCCGAGUUUGAGACACUUUUCGCGUCUCGCUAUUGCGAAUGCCGUUACUGACACUCGGGUCCACGAUAGUUUAUUCCCAAAUCAGGAGACAAAAAAGUUAACGAAACUGCCACUGCCAAAUCCUUUGAUUCGCUAUCUGCAGAGUUAUCCUUAUCCUUACUGAGUGAUAGUGAUGGUUCUAGUUGUUGUCAAUGUUGAAUCUUAGUGUUACAAGUUUACCUGCCAUUUAAAUUCGUUUGGAAUAAAGAAAGUGUAACCUUCACUAUAUCAUGUUGCUAUGAAAACACAUUGGACAUGUAGGAUCCACAUUUAGGAUUUCAACUUCUCAGACUAUGUGAAGGAAUACACCUUACUCUUACACACACUGAGAGAGAUAUAAGUAGACUCGGACAAUUUAAUUUCAAACCACUUGUAUAGACGCAGUAGUAUUUGAUUUCGGAAAUUAUAUAUUUUAGUUUACAGAAAUACUUAUGUAACCACUUCUUAUGGUGUCUCAUUCCAAAAAAUGUUGUCAACGAAUUCAAAGAAAUGGCUUAUAAACUUGAGUAAAACUGGUAAAAAUUAUCAAGUUUCAGUUCGAAGCUUAUACGUAACUCAGGGUCGAUUUUCAUACUAUGACAUUUCCAUAAUGGUCAUGGUGCUAUGCAUGAAGACACUCGCUAACUUAUUUUGUCAUCUCAUUUCCCGUCACCCUCUCGUGCAUCGCAUCAGCCAUUACAUAAAUGACGCAUGCAAUCGAAAAUUGUAUAUCACUGUCAUCAUCAUGUACAUUUUUCAUGUUUUUGUAUGUUUCUGUACCUCUUCGAUCAUCACUACAUUAUGUAUGAAUGAAUAUCUGUCCGAUGGACACAUUUUCGGCACCAAACUCGUCCCUGUCAAUCCAAUGUCACCUCUGUGAAAUAGUUGUGUUUACACGCUAUAUUUGAUCCACUAUCCAGGUCGUUUUACGAAAAUAUGUCUUAAAGAAAAGUAAUUGACGGAGAAAAACCCACAUCGAUAAUGAUAUUGACCGACCAUUUACAUGUGUCACUCUAAAGUACAGCGCUGUCAUGAAUCAGCAAGCCAUUGCAGACGUCAGUGAACACGAGGUGGAACAAAUUCCUGGAACUGCAGGCGUCCUCUCACCCGAUUAAUAUUUAUACUAGUACUGAUAGUGACUCGGGGGCGUCACAGCAGUGGAAACAGAUAGGUCAGUGAUUAUUGAACCGAAUCAUGAGUUUUGCCAGCACUUUAUUCUUAGUGAUGAUGCGUUGCUGAAUAACAUGGGAUAUUCUAAAAUCAGUAAUCUGCAGUCAUUCUACAGACAUGGCAAGUGGCCCCAGGAUCACACCUGAGACAAUUUGCAACUAGGACCCCAAGCAGUACAUGCAGUAUUGAAGGGAACUUGUGUACUGGCAUAUGAAUGAGGGGUCUUUAUGUUGGCAAUAAAACUAAAACCAACAGCAAACUCCACUAGUAGAAUCUGCAUGAUUGAUAGGGAAGAAAAUCCUUUUGAUUUAGAUAAGAAAGAUAUAGAAUGAAAUUGAUGUUGAAACCUGAACAUGGGAGCCACAAAGUUUUUAUCUUCGAUCUGUAUACAAAACGAUCAUUCAUUUUGCCAUGAGUCCAUCACCAUGAAUAAUAAUUUAUUGAAUAAGGGCAUUGUAUAUUAGUGUACUGUAAAAUCAUUUAGCCAAAAAUAAAACUUUCCAGCUAGUCUCUGUCAUGUCUGUAUCAGAAUUGCAUUUAUCAGUGUGUUAACUCUCCUUUCACAGAUCUAUAAGAUAGUUUCUGAUUAUUCUAUUCAAUGUGUUUUUAAAUCGCUCGUGGUAGGAUUGACAAUGUUUUGGAAAAUAACAGAAAAUAACGCAAAGGUUAUAAAACUUCCGUUCUCUCUCUCUGAGUGAUAGAGCCUUGUAUGAUAUUAAGUUGUAACGAUAGGUCUUUUGGUCUAACAACAUAGAUCAGUGAAACUGGAGUCAAUUUUUGCUGACUCAGCUGUCUGUCGGGUUCACAUGUACUGCCUCUGCAUUAUGUCAGCAGAGCAGCAGGCCCUUGGGUAUCUUGUUCAUGUUGUAUACAUUUAUAAUAAGAUACAAAAAACUUCCCAGUGAUUUUGAAAAUUGCAAAAAAAUGUCAUUUAAAUCCUUUUGUUUAGUCUCUCAUCUCACAGUGCUAGUAAUAUUUCAAGCCAUUAACACACACUGACAAAAGGCCUGUCAGUGUGAAAUGUGUGGGCUUUUCAUUCCGGCAUUCUAGAAUAUUGUACACUAUAGUCCGACCAUAAUUGUUCAGGCUAAAUAUAGGCAAUGUAAAGAUUGCACAGAUGUGUGCUGGCGAAUGGGGUAUUUCAUUGAUUUUUCCUUCCGCCCACUACUGCCAAGUGCAAGGACUUACUAUGAUCCGUAAUAUCAGAAGUAGUGGUGUUUUUUCAAUGAUGUGUUAUGACUGUGUAUUGAUAAAAUAACUUAAGUGUUAGGCAUGCCUGAUUGUCCAUUUUGUCCCAUCAGGGAAACAUUGAUUGAGUAUCCUUGGGUUUAAUUCCAUAGCUCUUCACAAGCUUUGAUGUAGAGCUACACUAAACCUUAUUCGAACUUGGGAACGUUUGGAGUUUGUCAAGAAUGAUGACUAUUCUCGAUUCUACGUACCAAUUCUUUCUUCAAACUUUCGUUGCUUAGUUUCAAUCAUUGUGAAUAUUGUAAAUAAAAAUGAUUAAUAUAUUUGAUAAACUAAAUGAAUUUUA